CCAGAGAUGGCCAUUUUGCCAGUAAGUAGCCUACAAUAAUAUGAGGUCUGUGAGUGACUAAUGGCUUCCUGUUAUUUUUGACAUACUUAUUACGGUAGAGUGUGAGGUUUUUAUUUUAUUUAUUUAUUUAUUUUAUUUAUUUAUUUGCUUGUGGCGAGGAGGAGCGACCAUGGGACGCAGAUAAAGCCGUGUUGAGGAUCAGCACAGCCUUCAAACUGGGUCUAAGAUAUGGCCUCUUACUCUGAGAUACAUGGGUCGGAGCGCGCCAAGAGCAUGCCAGGCUAUAGUUUUGGGGUGCGAUCCUACCUGCACUAUUUCUACGAGGAGUGUACAGCCUCUGUAUGGGACAAGGAGGACAUUCAGAACCAGCGUUCAUACCAGUGGUGGAGUUCAGGUCUCUGCAAGGUUUCUCUUGCAUUCGGAACGGUCCUAUUCGCCGUGGGGUUGGUGGUGUUGGCCGUGGGUUUUGCAGUUCCAACUCGAAUCGAGGCAUUUGGCGAGGGAGAAUUGCUCUUUGUGGACCGGCAUGCAAUGCGAUACAACCAGGCCCUCAGCAUGUGUGUGCAGGUUGGCAUUGGGAUGCUGACCUUGGGUGGCCUGAUGAUGACUGUUGGCCUGCUGCUGUCUGCUUUCUCCAGACCCACAACCAGUCCACAGCCUCCUGGGAAAGAAAAUAAGGGCAUCAUCGGGAGAGGAGGUGGGGCAGAUGGAAAGAACCCAACAAAUGUUCUCACUAAAGCUCCCAGUCCAGCUGUAGGCGAUGUAGCUGUGCCUGUUGCUCUCUCUAAAGUGGAGAACGUCCAGCCAUAAGUAACCUAAAUAAUCUUAUCCCACUGAAGACCUGGAUACACUAGGCCAGUUUGCUGCGAUGCAGUAAUUUAGUGUUGAGUUUGUAAUGUCAAAUAACAUGGGACUUACCUUGAUUAAUACAUUUUGGUACAUUAGAGUCAAAAUAUUUUAAAUAAGGAAUGAAACAUAAUGGGGCAUGUUGACACUGAAUCGUAUUGUACUUGUACAAUGACAAUAAAUGCGUUCAGUCGUUAUAGGAAAAUAAUCCAUGUCGGCAAGGUGUGAUACCUAUAACAGCACAUCUUGAGGUGUUUUAUUCCUCUUAUACCACAGAAAGUUGUCAACAAUUUAAUUUAAUGUUGUGGAAUGUUUAUUGAACAAAUUAAUUCUCGUUAUCACUUACAUUUAGCAGCUAUAAAUACACAUUCUUUCACCAGCCUCUCGUAUUUCCUAAUAAGACAAAAGACACAGUUUGUCAUCCAUCCAUCCAUUUUCCAUACCGCUUACCCUACAGUGGGUCACGGAGAAGCCUGGAGCCUAUUCAAUGGAAUUCAGGGCACAAGGCGGGGGAUACCCUGGAUGGGGUGCUAACCUAUCGUAGGGCUCAAUCACACACACACACACACACACACACACACACACACACACACACACACACCAGACAAUUUGGAAAUGCCAAUCAGCCUACAACACAUGUCUUUGGACUGGCGGAGGAAACCAGAGUACUCGGAGGAAACCCCCAAAUCACGAACCCCCAACCCUGGAGGUGCGAGGCACAUGUGCUAACCACUAAGCCACCAUGCCUGCAUGGACUCAACCUAAACCAUAUCAUAUGUUAAACAAAUAACGUAUUUGUAAUCCAUUUAUUAUUAGCCUCGAGUAGUCUGCUAGACAAGUCCCUAUGGACGAGUUACACUAUAAGAUAAGAUAUUAGAAUGAGUGUACUAAUAUAAACCUUUGUUUUGAAUUAUAGCCAACACUAUUGUCAGAGCUGCAGUUAUAGAAAAUGAAUCAACACCUUUGGAUUCGGGAAUUCCACAGCGCUGUGGUAUAAUAAAGAACGCAACAUUUCUGCUGCUGCUGUUCCUAUCUGAAAAACAAAUAGAUCUACUGUGGCAGAAAACAGGACAUUUUCCAAUGAAAUUUUGAUCAGAAACAUAUUAUUGUAGUUUGUCUUUGCAGUGCUUUAUGUUUAUUUGAGUGAGUUGGCAGCUGAGUAUAUAUUAAAAGUUAAAUAAAUGCAAGGUCAUGAUUUAACGUAUGAUACAUUGUCAGGAGACUCACUAUGUAGGACUGACUUUGUGUAUCCAGGUCUUUCCAGAAAAAAAAAAAAAAGGGUUGAUAUACUGAAGAGAGAAAAGAACAGUUGUUUCUUAUGUAAUAAUCUGUGCCACAUCAAACUGAUUUACUUUACUAGUUUUGAUUUUAAAGCAAGGCAAUUAUUUUCAGUAGUUCAUCUUUUGUUUCUGUGUAUUUUCUCUCGAACUGUGAAAGCAGCAGGGUGAAGUGGCUCAGCUCACAGAAACACACACUGUGUUUGUUAACCUCUCCAUCAUUUAAUACACUUAUUAUCAUUA